AUGGCUUCCUGGGCACAAACGACGCAAACGUCGCAAGCAAAAGAGCUCGUACAAUCAUCAGAGGUGCACCCGUGGCAAAAAAAAGUCGUUGAAAAGUGCAAGGCCAAAGGCAUUGAUCCACAGAGCAUCGCCGAAGCAUGUGGAAAGGCCGGAGUCAAAGACCUCUUACAGAAUGUCGACCAUGACGCUUCCACCCACCAGCAGCAUUCAAAAUAUCUUGGGCUUUCCUUCCCGCAGUAUAUGUGUCUCAUCGAGCUUCAAGACGAAAAAGGAAAGAACGCCGUUGAAAGGCUAGUGAAAGACAUCAUGAGCAUACCGCUGUACUACUUGUCCAAGGCCUCGCAAGACAUUGGUACGUUGCCCAACUAUCUUGUAGUCGUAAAGGCCGGUCGCCGCCAGAAGCGUCUUCGACUCGGACGCGAGCCACCCGAAGAGCACGCUCGCACGGUCGAUAGUAGCAAGGAGCAGAAGUUGUCGGUCCCCACGCCGGGAAAACUAUCCAAACUCUCACCUGUCAGUGAACUGCAGUCGGCGCAAAUGCUAGGUUUUGUUGGAACUGUCAAGAAGCGCAUCCUUGCGCGCAUCUGCGACCAGCGCUGUCACCACUACGUCCACAAAAAGCGUUUUCUGACGCAUGCGUUCAACGAUCACAAGGACCUCCUUCCUGACAUGACGCGCACGGUUUCGUGCUGCGAAGAACAGUACUAUGAUGCUAAGGAAUAUCUCGCUCAUAUCUGGGACACGCAUUCGGACGCAGUAAAUGGCGAAGCUGCUCUAGCAUCUAGACAUAGUUCGGCCACAGCUGCAAAUACGCCAUCGUUCUCAGGCAGCGAUGCCUUUGUCACUGCAUGCAACGCCGGAACCGCGUCUCUGCUGCAUGGGAACAAACCGCCUGGAGAACGCAAAGAAGCUACUGCAAACCCGCAACAAAGCUUUGCGACGACUGCAGGCGCAGCACCGUUCUCUGAUCUGAUAACUUUCCCCCAAGGUAACCAAGAAAACAACAGGGGCGUCGAUUGGAUUGGAUCGCUCAAUGAUGGCCCGACUGUUUUCGACUCGAUGGGGAAUUUUCAGCCAGACCUCCUCAACGAUCUCAUGGAUAGAAAGGAGAACGAUCCAUUCCUCUAA